AUGAACUUGUUUGCAAAGGCAGAAGACAGUGUCUCAUCCACAACAAUGGACAAACCACUCAAACUUUACUUCAUUCCAUAUCUAGCAGCAGGUCACAUGAUCCCUCUUUGUGACAUUGCCUCUCUCUUUGCUUCACGUGGCCACUUUGUUAAAAUCAUCACCACUCCUUCAAACGCUCAAAUCCUACCCAAAUCCAACAACUUCAACGUUCACACCUUUCAAUUCCCUUCCCAAGAAGUUGGCCUCCCGGACGGCAUUGAAAACCUGUCCUCUGUCACAGACCUUGACAGCUCCAACAGAAUCUUUCAGGCCACUACACUGCUCCGCGAACACAUUGAGAAUUUCGUGGAACAGGAACCACCUGAUUGCAUCGUAGCGGAUUUUUUAUUCCCUUGGGUGGAUGAGCUGGCAAACAAGCUUCACAUUCCGAGAUUUGCCUUCAACGGUUUCUCACUAUUUACCAUAUGUGCCAUGGAAUCCCUUAAAUCACAACCUCUCCCUGAGGAUGCUUCUGGUUCUUUUGUUAUUCCGAAUUUUCCUUACGAUAUCAUCAUUAAUUCAAAACCACCUGCGGAGUCAAAAUCAUUCAUUGAUCCGCUACUCACUAUAGCCCUUAAAAGCCAUGGUUUCAUCAUCAACAGCUUUGUAGAGCUCGAUGGAGAAGAGUGUGUUGAGUAUUAUGAGAGAACCAUCGGUCACAAGGCUUGGCUUCUUGGCCCAGCAUCUCUUGUUCGCAAAACCACUCAAGAGAAAGCAAAUAGGGGAGAAAAGAGCACGUUGAGUGUGCAAAAGUUCUUAACUUGGCUCAACUCAAAGCGAGAUAACUCAGUACUCUACAUAUGCUUUGGAACCUUUUGCUAUUUCCCUGAUAAACAAUUGUAUGAGAUUGCAAGUGCACUAGAAGAAUUAAAUUGUGAAUUCAUAUGGGUUGUCCCAGAGAAAAAGGGGAAAGAGAAUGAGAGUGAAGCGGAGAAGGAAAAAUGGCUCCCUAAAGGAUUUGAAGAGAGGACUAAGGGGAUGAUUGUAAGGGGCUGGAGCCCACAAGUGGUUAUCUUGGGCCACUCCGCUAUAGGUGCAUUUUUGACACAUUGUGGGUGGAACUCUAUAACCGAGGCUGUUAGUGCAGGAAUUCCAAUGAUCACAUGGCCAGUACAUAGUGAUCAAUUCUAUAACGAAACGUUGAUAACUCAGGUGCAUGGGAUUGGAGUGGAAGUCGGUGCAGAUGAGUGGCUUACCAUUGCUUUUCGGGACAUGGAAAAGCUAAUAGGGAGAGAUCGUAUAAAGAAGGCUUUAAGGAGGUUGAUGGACAGUGGUGAUGAAGCCAUUCAAAUAAGACGUAGAGCUCAAGAGAUUGCAAAAAUAGCUAAACAUGUUGUUCAAGAAGGUGGCUCAUCCCAUGAUAAUUUGACGGCUUUGAUUGAUGAGCUUAAGCAAUUAAGAGACAAUAAGGGACUUAAUUAAUAAUGAUGUCAUCAAACCGAAUUAUAAUUGUGAUAGUAUAAUUAAUUGUUCAUUAUUCGACAAAAAAAUUGUGUAUUUAUUUAUUGGAAAUUCUACUUCAAGCGACAAACGGUAACACAAAGUUAUCACAAGAUAAUAUAUAAUUGUCAUUAGUUGAAUUAGAUCGUUUUUCUUGAAUUAGUGAUAUAUGAACAACCUAAAAAGGUUGUCAAGUAUCCACACCGUAGCAUUAUAAAGCAAAUUACAGCAUGCACGCAAACCAAGGCAAGGAAAGAAACAAAUAAAAAAAAAAUGAAAAAGUGGGUGCAAAAUACUAUUAUACGGUGUGGGACAACUUAUAUGUUGUCAAAAUAACAUUCCUCCUUUCAUUUUGCCUCUGUUCAAAUAUAAACCAAACAGAAAAGUACAUGUUUCG